AUGUGCGCUUCUGCAUUGCGGCAGAUGGGUAUCAAGCAAGUACUCUUUGGAUGCGAGAACGAUCGAUUCGGCGGCUGUGGGAGCGUCCUUGGAGUAAAUUCCCAGUUACCCCAUCCGACCCAUUCAUCAUAUGCAGCGACCAGCGGAUACAUGCGUGAAGAAGCCAUACUGAUCCUGAGAAGGUUCUACAUCACAGAGAACUCUAAUGCACCCAUGCCCAAGUCAAAGGCUAACCGUGUUCUGAAAACCGAGAUAAAACCGGCGGCUCUCAAGCCAUAA